UUACAUUUUAACAUAGGACCCCUUAUUUGAUAGCAGCUUCACAAGUCUUGCAUCCAUUGAACGUGUGAGUUUUUGGACAGUUUCUGCUUGAAUUUGUUUGCAAGAUGUCAGAAUAGCCUCCCAGAGCUGCUGUUUGGAUGUAAACUGCCUCUCACCCUCAUAGAUCUUUUGCUUGAGGAUGCUCCAAAGGUUCUCAAUAGGAUUGAGGUCAGGGGAGGAUGGAGGCCACACCAUGACUUUCUCUCCUUUUACGCCCAUAACAGCCAUUGAUGCAGAGGUAUUCUUUGCAGCAUGAGAUGGUGCAUUGUCAUGCAUGAAGAUGAUUUUAUUAUGGAAAGCAUAGCUCUUCCUUCUGUACCAGGGAAGAAAGUGGUCAGUCAUAAACUCCACAUACUUUGCAGAGGACAUCUUUAUACCUUUGGGGCCUCUAAAGGGGCUGACCAGCUCUGUUCCCAUGAUUCCGGCCCAAAACAUGACUCCACCACCGCCUUGCUGACGUCGCAGCCUUGUUGGAACAGGGUGGCCAUCCACCAACCAUCCACUACUCUAUCCAUCUGGACCAUCCGAGCCUGCAUGGCACUCAUCAGUGAACAGGAUUGUUUGAAAAUUAGUCUUAAUGUAUUUUACUGCCCAAUGCAGCCGUUUCUGCUUGUGAGCAUUGGUUAGUGGUGGCCGAAUAGAAGGUUUAUGCACAGUUGCAAGACUCUGGAGGACUCUACACCUUAAUUUCUGUGGGACUCCAGAGACACCAGCUGGGUCAUUUGAGGGUGUCUGUACUAUACUGGUAUUUUAGCACCUCAAGAAAUAUGAUGAGCAGUCAGAAAGUAAAAGCUGUGUAAAUUCCAUUAUCUAUACCAUAGUUUGUAGACGCUAUAACUUUCACACAAAGCAAUAAAUA